CUCUUCUCUUCUCCAUUGGCGUGAACGAGUGGUGCCGCCGCAAGACAGCAUAUUAUGCAAUCCAUUCUAAAGAAAGCCAAGAUUUCCUUUUACUUCAUACCUGUAAUUCAUUCAUGGCUCUGGCCAUACGCAGCCUCCCUCCUCUCUCCGGAAUUCUCGUCCCCAAAAGAGAACCGCCAUUAAGAAUUCGUUCAAUAGAUUCCCAAUUCAAUCAGGAAAGGGCCCAGCUCAAACACUUAUUAGGUUACAGUAAAAGAUUCCGCGGCAUUUCCCCUUUAAAAUCGGCUUCAGUGAAUGGGUAUCCCACGAACAGGGAAGACGAGGAGGCUGUUUUGAUCGGGAGAAUAGAGUUGUUGGAGAAGAUUAAGAAAUGGGUUGGAUUUGUAGGGGAAGUUUUACCCGGUGGAGAGUGGUGGAGGCUUUCGACUGAAGGGAUUGAGGAUGUGAUUUCUGCCAAGCCCGUGACUGUUGUUCGGGCUCUCAAGAAAAUGUGGGAAUUGAUUGCCCAGGAUCGAUGGCUCAUAUUCUCUGCUUUUCUUGCACUCAUCGUCACUGCAGUUUCAGAGAUAUCGAUACCUCAUUAUCUUACUGCAUCCAUCUUUUCUGCACAAAGUAGCACAAUUGCUCUGUUCCAUCAUAAUGUGCGCCUGCUGGUUGUACUGUGCAUCGUCGCUGGAAUAUGCAGUGGUGUGCGCGGUUGCCUGUUUGGUAUUGCAAAUAUGAUCCUAGUCAAGCGACUACGUGAAAGAUUAUAUUCUGCGCUUCUUUUACAGGAUAUAGCCUUUUUUGACUCAGAAACAGUUGGUGGUUUGACAAGUAGGCUUGGUUCAGAUUGCCAACAAGUCUCUCGGGUGAUAGGAAAUGAUCUAAAUCUAAUAAUGCGCAAUGUUCUUCAGGGUUCAGGUGCUUUGAUUUACUUGCUGAUUUUGUCGUUGCCUCUUGGGCUCUGCGUACUGGGUAUUUGUAUCUCUGUUUCAGCUAUUAUGGUGAUAUAUGGCCAGUACCAGAAGAAAUCUGCUAAGUUAAUUCAAGAGUUCACUGCUUCUGCCAAUGAUGUUGCACAAGAGACCUUUUCUUUAAUGAGAACUGUACGUGUAUACGGGACAGAAAAACAAGAACUUGGAAGAUAUGACCAAUGGCUGGAGAAAAUAGCGAGCAUAAGCUUGCGACAAAGCGCUGCAUAUGGUGUUUGGAACUUCAGCUUCAACACACUCUAUCACUCGACACAGGUUAUUGCUGUGCUGAUAGGAGGAAUGUCUAUUCUGAGUGGUCAUAUAACAGCGGAGCAGCUUACAAAGUUCAUUUUAUACAGUGAAUGGCUGAUCUAUUCAACAUGGUGGGUCGGGGAUAACUUGUCAUCAUUGAUGCAGUCCGUUGGAGCUAGUGAGAAAGUUUUUCAUCUUAUUGAUCUUUCUCCGAGCGAUCAGUUUACUGCAAAAGGAUUAAAGCUGCAGAAGUUGAUUGGUAGAGUUGAAUUUGUUGACAUAUCCUUUCACUAUCCUUCCAGAACUGAGGCGCCCGUAUUACAACAUUUUAACUUCACGGUGCAUCCAGGGGAAAUAGUUGCCUUUGUCGGGCUUAGUGGUAGUGGCAAGAGCACCGUAGUGAACCUUUUGCUUCGCCUUUACGAGCCAACUAAUGGCGAGAUACUGAUUGACGGCUACCCGAUGAAAGGACUGAACAUUAAGUGGCUUAGAGAAAGGAUCGGAUACGUUGGGCAGGAGCCGCGCCUCUUCCGCAUGGAUGUUUAUUCGAACAUUAAAUACGGAUGUCCUCAUGAUGUAAGCCAGCAGGAUGUCGAAUGGGCAGCUAAGCAAGCAUUUGCGCAUGAUUUCAUAUCAUCACUCCCCAACGGCUACCAAACACUUGUCGACGAUGAUUUGCUCAGCGGGGGACAAAAACAGCGAAUCGCCAUUGCCAGAGCCAUUCUACGGGACCCCAGCAUUUUGAUCCUCGAUGAAGCUACAAGCGCACUAGACGCAGAAAGCGAACACAAUGUUAAGGGCGUUCUUCGUUCUGUUCGCCGGGACCUCGACAGCAAGAGGACGGUUUUCGUGAUCGCUCAUAGGCUCUCGACCAUCCAAACUGCAGACCGGAUCGUAGUGAUGGAUGCCGGGAAAAUCGUGGAGAUCGGCGAUCACACGGAGCUCCUAAACAAAGAUGGCUUGUACGCACGUUUGAUCAAACGACAGGCUGAUGCAGUUGCCUGAUCGAAGAACAUUAUCAGUGUCGUAGGCAUUUUCAUCGAAAAAAUUGUUCUUCUGCAGUCCUCAGUGUACAAUGGCUGUUUGUGAAACCAUUCUUGUGUCGUAUGAGAGGAGAUUUUUGUAUAUACAUUGAUGCUCCCUUUUUAAACCUCAGAAAGAAACAAUGAAUUGUAUACA